AUGACCGCUUCAAGUUCCUCUCCUUCAAGACCACCCUUCCCGACCAUAGCAACGAAGGCCUCCUCCACCUCUCAGUCUUCUCAAUUGACCGUUGUCGCUGACAGCAGGGCCACACCGGGCCCUCGGUCCACCUCUCGAGCCCCUGCCAUCACUAGAUCCCGCCAGGAUGCUUCCGCUCCAGACCCUACCUCAGAAAGAGCGACUCUGUCCCUGAUCAGAAGGACGUUGGUGGCAGAUGGAAGUCAUGGUUCGGAUCGGAGGGUGUCACCGGCACCAAUUGAAGGGGUCUUACCGCCGCUUACCAGUUCCAACGAGGUAGAUGUUCAGCUGUAUGCAGUGGUUGCCAUAGUCAUCAAGGACUUUGUCAACUCCUGGUACUCCAAGAUCACGCCAGACCGAACAUUUGUGGAUGAGGUCAUUCAGAUCAUUGCUCAUUGCAGUCGGGCUCUGGAACAGAGGAUACGGCAGGUUGACAUCACGGAGUUGAUACUGGACGAGUUACCUGUGUUGGUUGAGAGGCAUAUCGCUGCCUACAGGACGGCCACUACUGCUCAAGCUGCUCUGCAAUACGGCGAAACUCCCCGACGAAUCUACCACGCCCUGAACCCACACCCGGCGCUCGACCCUUCUCUCCCACCGGAGCAGCAACAAGCCUACGAGUCUGCCCACCGACAACUUCUCAUUCAGGGGGCAUUGGCGGUCCUCUUACCAACCGAGGACCUGGCAAACGCAUGUCUCAGAACAUUGGUGAGCGAUAUCAUCUCCGACCUCAUCCUCGGACAGGCAGUGGCGGCGAAACUCUGCGAGCCGUGGUUCCUGCACGGGACUGUCUCAAAAGUGGUGGAGAUAGUGACAUCGCCUCCUACACAUGCGUCUUCUACCAAUGCCGUCAAUGACCAGAAAAUCCUUCAGCCAGACCGCCGUCAAAGCCGGCUGGAGCAGUUUGGCCUAUUGAGUUCCAAUACGGCCACUCCAGAGAAUUAUUCGUUGGCCCGGCACCAAUCAUCUCUUAGUGCGUGGUUCUGGAGACUGCUUCAGUACGCCUUCAUCGCAUACCAGUUGACGCGGUUCAUUCUUGUCGGCCUGGCUUACGCGCACCAUUCACCCCGGAGAACCCGCCAUCAGCAGCAGCUCCUCGCCGGCUCCACAACGCCGCCGUCCAAAGACCAAUUGCCCGUGCUGUCGACACGGCAAGUAUCGGCCCCUGAUAAUCGAUCCCCACGCGCUGUGAUCAAUUACAGAGUGUUCUCGUGCUUGUCGAGCAUGCUCGAUUUGGCCGUCCGCAUGCCAUGGCUGGCAAGCUCAUUGGGGUUUUGGCAGCACCUGUUGACCACAGGCCCGGGCAGGUACGGUGCUGCCAAUUCCACGCUGGACAAAUUCCUGUAUCACACAAUCUCCACACGCCUCUUCUCACCAGCAUUGAUCCCACCUCUCCUCCUGCAGAUUCGAGUCCUCAUAUUUCCCAACAAUAGUCUAGGUCCGCCUCCGCCGCCUCCUCCGUCUGUGGAAGAAGCACGAAAGAUCCGCUCCAAGGCCGCCUCUGACAUUCUCUCUCUGAUACCUAAACCUGUGGGCAGGACAUUCUUCGCUGUACGAAACGCCGAGAAUGUUGAAGAUGAGGAAAUGCAAAUGCGGAUAGAAGUCGAGGAGAGAUUACUGGGGUGGACAGACGAUGCUGAGAUGAACAAGUACCUCGUUUAUGCCAUUCUUGAGCACGUCCUCGUGAAGCUUGUGCCAGAGAUGAAGGACAAGACGCCGUCUGAGCUUCUGGCCGAGAGAGGCGUGGAUUGGGUUACGUCGGGAGAGAGUGAGAAGGCGGAGAAGUGGACUAAUGGGACUUGA